AAAGCCUUUCUGCCUGCUUGCAUUCCCAUCCAUGCACUUGGCAGGGACCCAUACCCAAAACACCGUCGCAUUGGAUGCAACUAAUUAAUUGUGUCAGUAUAAUAUUCCGCCAUGGCCAAGUCUCAAAACCCGGUGGAAUCUCACCGCCGCAAACAACGGUCAAAGGAAGUCAAGAAGCUCAAGGAGCAGAGGAUCAAGGAACGAGAUGAUCGUGUCAAGAAGAGCAAGACGGUGGGAGAAGUCAAGAAGGAAAUAAAAGACUUUGAAUUUCGCCACAAGCAUCAACUGAACCAACACGACAUCAAGUCCAAACUGGAUCGGCUGAAAAAGGAACUCAAAUUGGUACAAGAGUAUGAGGCACAAAAAGCAAAAGAGCCAUCACCGGCCGAUGCCAAGCGAUAUGCCGCCAAUCAAAAAUUUGUCAAGCUGGAUCGACCGGAAAUGUCUGUCUAUUACGAUCCGCAAUACAAUCCUUACGGGGCUCCUCCACCGGGCAAGCCCAUGUUGUUUCAUCGCUAUGGAGGGGGUGUCACCAUGAAUAUUCAAGAAGCCAUUGUUCCAGGAGAGCAAUUGCCUCUGCAUUUACAACAACAGCAACAACAACAAGCCAGGAAUAAUAUUCCACCACCACCACCACAGCACAACAAUCCACCAUUAUUAUCCAACCAAAAUCGAGAUAAUAAUAAUCAUGCCCAACAACAGCAAUAUGCACAAGCACCACCAGACCAAAAAAUAGAACCUGAUCAAUCCACUCAAGAAAAGAUCCCCCCACCCCCUCCUCCACCACCACCAAGUGAUAAACCACCACCACCUCCACCACCACCACCCAAGGAAGAACCACCACCGCCCCCGGUUCGUAAAGAAGACAUUCCCGAUUUGCCCGCCCCUUCUGAAUCGGUGCAACGGACCCGUAAAAUUCGCCGGAAAAAAGGAGCGAACCCGAUAAAUGCCGAUAUUUGGGCAUCGAAUGAAGAAGUACAUUACGAACGGGAAAUUCAUCAAGUCGAUUUGGAAGACGUCGGAAAAUCACUACUACAGCAAGAACAAGAAGAAGAAGAAGAAAAGGACGAAUGGCAUUACCGGGACACUUCAGGAAAUCAACAGGGACCCUUUAGCACGGAACACAUGAAGGCGUGGCAUGGAAUGGGGUAUUUCCCACCCCACACGCCCGUCAAGAAAACGGGGAAACAUGCCGAUUUUGUGCCGGUGGGAACUCUGGGGGCCAAUGUCUUUGUCUUGAAAAUCAAGAACAACCAUAACAACAAAAAGAAGAAACCCAAAAAGAAAAAGAAUCAAAAGGGGCAAGAACAAAAAGAAAAGGAGGAAUCGGCCGUGCAGGCCAGAAUUGCCGCUCUCAAGAAACAACAGUCCGCACCACCUGCCGAUAGUAGUAUACCAAAGACGGAGGAAGUAGCAGAAGCAGUGGAGGAAGUAGUACAAGCUGACCAAGUAGAGGAAGACUCGGUACAGGCUCGAAUAGCCGCUCUACGGCAGGCUCGAAUCCAGGACGAAAAACCGCAGGGAGACGACACCCAACAACAACAACAACAACAACCAGCUGCAGAUCAGGAAGAAGAACCGCCAGGCGAAUCGGUCCAAGAGCGGAUUGCUGCAUUGCGGGGUGACAGAGAAAUGGAAGCGGUAAAUGACCGGACAGAAGAAGGGAAUGCAUCCGUUCAAGACCGCAUUGCGGCCCUGCGAGGAGAAAAGCUAGAAACGACAGAAGAGCAGUCGGUGCAAGAUCGUAUCAAUGCAUUGAAACAAUCCUCUGCUCCAUCGGUGGAGGAAGCGACAGCUGUGGAUGGCCCGGUGGAGGCCCCUGCCAAUCAGGAGCAAGUCGGCGAACCUCCUGCUCCAUAUCCCGUGGACGAAGAAGGAGUUGCCCCGUAUCCAGUAGACGAAGGCGCCGCAUACCCACAGGACGCCAUGGCAGCAUAUCCUGUCGACGAAUCGAAUGGUGAUGCCGUUGCUCCCUAUCCUGUCGAUGAAUCGUAUGGUGAUGCCGUUGCCCCUUAUCCCGUGGAUGAACCGAACGAUGAUGCCGUUGCCCCCUAUCCCGUGGAUGAAGCGAAUGAUGAUGCCGUUGCCCCUUAUCCCAUGGACGAAGCGAAUGACAAUGCCGUUGCCCCUUAUCCUGCGGGCGACGACGAUUAUGCUGUAGCACCGUACCCAACCACGGACGAGUACCCAGCCUAUCCAACAGGAGACGAUGACCAACCUGCCUACCCCGUCACGGACGACUACCCAGUGACGGACGAUUAUCCUGCUGCGGAUGACGCCUACCCUGUCACGGACGCAUAUCCAGUAGACGACAAUGAUGCAACACCAGCCUAUCCCGUCGAGACUAAUACGGCUGAUGGCAGCGAAGAACCCGCAAAGAAAAAGCUCAAGGUUGACAAGGCGGUGGUCUCCUUGCUGCCCUCGCAUUUGCAAAAGCGCCGCAAGGGCAAGAAAUGAAUUAAUUUUAUGAACUGCAGGUGACCGGGUAUGCUCUGUACGACUUGUUGCCUACCCCAUUGGCAAGGCGAUAACUACUGCGGCUAAUGUGGAGCCAAGAAGAACUGGGUGUAGAGUAAAACUAACAAUUCGAAGCCUAUCUUACAAACACUGUAACCUUGGUCAAUAAAUCAGUCUUAAACCUGUUAACAUAAUAAUAGCAAGAUACCUUUUGACAGACCACCACAGAAAGGAGAAGAAAAUUUACGGCUCUUCUCCUGCUAGUGGCCAAAGGUUUCCAGAGCAAACAUCAAGACUGAUCAGUUGCAAUGAUACCCAACCUCUCACUGGCAGCUGAUUGCUUGAUUAGUUUCAUCAAAGCACUCGUAGGGAUAGCAUGAGACUGCUACCCAGAAUCAUUAUUUGCAACACACUGGACCAUCGUACGACAUUGCUGCUGGAUGAUUCUGCAGGGGUAUCGUUCCCAUCGGCUGCUGUCCAUCCCUCGUCUACGGAGCAACACUUUCCAUGAACAUCUUCCAUUAUUUCACAUACAGUUUCAUUGGUGGAGAAUCGAGCAAUUUGGUGGAUAUCAGCACACGUGAGGUCAUUCUCCACGACCACGUACUCAUUGACAAAGUAACCGUCGGGACACAGCGAACAAGUUUCGGGUGGUGUGGUGCCAGGACAUUCGCAAUAGGACGCCAAAUCCACUGGGAUAUCGGAUUUGAGCUCCUGACAUUGUUUGGGUGUGGAAACGAGGAAUUCCGUGGCAAUAUCUCCGCAGUACAGAUUCCUAUCAAACGGGAGGCCUUUGUCGGGUUUGGGAGGAAAUGCACCAGUGGGACAGAGGGUGCAGGUAGGAACGACUUUGGGACAAUCACACCAAAAGGCGUACUUGGCCUGUAGCAGAGAGCAUGAUUGGUCGCCAUCCACUUUAGGAACAUUUAGAAUGUCAGCGCAGGUAACUCCUGGCACAUCCGGAAGCUCUCGAUCCAGGUUAACAUCGACGGAGCCAUUGGGACACAGAUCGCACGUUUCCGUGACAUGAUCAGGAACUUCACAUCCGCAAAAGGCCACUCCAGCAACUCGAUUGAGAUGACAGAUCUCUGAAUCUUUCGAAUCCAGCAUGGCGUCGUACUCCCAAUCGGAACAGUUCAUUGCACCAAUCACCUUGGCACCGGCCUCUUCACUCAAGGGAAUGUCGCAAGGGGUGCAGUUCAUAUACUGUGCAUGAGAGACCCCCACCAUGCAGAUGGAUACGAUCCAAGCAAAGGUAGUACUACUAGUAGUAGAUCUGCGGACUGUCAUCAUGGUUGCUUGCUUGUCUUUCUCUGCGAUCGGAUUGGAAAAUGAAAGAAUUGUGAGGCGACCAUGAAGAGUGAUUGAGUUUUGAAUUUGAAUGGUGUCACAGCGUAACGUCUGUUCUAAAGAGGGGAACAAAAAUCUACCAACCGUUAAAAUCCGAACUCGUCGCAAUCCACCCCCAGAAAGACCAAAGGGACCUUCCUUGGUACCUGUGUCUAGCUAGUACUCUAGUAGGCUGUCCAGGCUCCUGCUUUGACCAACUUGAUCUGCUUGUGUGAACUAGAUAGAUCUAGGAAGAGCAUCUCUCGUUUUCAUGUACUGUACCUCUAGAGAUAGCUACCGGUAGCUAGCAAGAGAGGAGGGAAGGUUGAAAGGAAAGAUCAAAUUGCCUCUAUUUUAGAUCUGUUGUGUCAAGCCCAAUGAAAGAAAGUUCAUAGGUGUGAUUUCAAGCUUUUGUCACCUGGUAUGUUCUUGCAUCCCAAGCCCUUUCCUACUCCAUUGGGUGAGGACACCACAAUGCCCAACCUCUGGCAGAUAACUACCCCCUCGCUCAUUCAUCUUCUAACCGAAUGAACGAACCUUUCCAAAUGGCUUGGUAGCAAACUACAUAUAUAUUAUAGCCACAGCUUGGAUUCAGGAUGACAAAGUCAAAGAGCAAAGGCACUGGAGGGUGGAUAGUUAGUUGUUGAGGCAAGAAACGGCU